AUAAUUACGUGAAAACAAUUAAAACGUAAAAAGUAAGUUUAACAAAACCAUAAGAUAAUCAACAAAUGUUACGCAACCGAUUGCUCCCACAUUUGCAGCCAAGUCGCGCUAAGAGUAAAAAUGCCUCUUACACAAAUACAACGAGGCAAAGCACCAUUCUAGGUAAACUCUUUGGCAUCCGAGUGGCAGGCACAAAGAAACGCUGGUAUCCAAGACAUGAUGCCAACACCAACUGCAGUAACUGCUACCAACCGCCAAAUGUGAUAUUUCAGGCUUCGCAGUUUGGCAAAUUCAAAUCGUCCGGCUCAAAGAACAAUACAAGACGAAUGUCAGUGCUGAACAAACUGUUCAUGACACAUAUCACCGAUCUGCUGGCCACAGGGCAGACAGCAGAAUCCAUACUGGGACUCGGGCUACAGGUGUCACGGGUGAAAAUCUCCGCGGAUUUCACCUGUAUCAAUGUCUAUUGGCUGGGUGGCGAUAUCUCGCUGGAAGCGGAGCUGCAGAGCCUCAGCGGCCAGCUCCGCCACGAGCUCUCUCAGCUGCGACUCAUGGGUGAGGUGCCGCGUAUUAAAUUUGUGCAUGACAAAACGAGCAACAAUAUCAACAAUGUCGAGGAGGUUCUGCGCACAUUAAACCUGAACAAACCAACUGAGGAUCAGGAUCAUGAUCAGGAUAACGACAAGCACGAGAAGCAGCAGCUGCAGCCUAACUUUGAUGUUGCCCAGACAAUGCGUCAGGAGUUCUAUGGCAACACUGCACCACCGUCACCGUCAGGAGAGCUGACUGAGAUGCGACACGAUGUAUUCGGCCUGAAUCAUCACCUCAUCAUGCACAGGAUUCUCGUUAAGAUGCGCAUAUCAAAAAGAGCUUGGGAGCAGCAUCAACAGAUCGAUCAACAGCAGUCAAUCCCGGAACUGGCACGCAUGCAACGUAAACUGGACGAGGUUGAAGCCCAGGAUCUCACAUCUAAAAGUAACCAGUUCCAUUCGUUCUUGGCCAAACGUCGGGAGCGCAAACAGACGCCACCACGCAAGAAGACCCAAUGGGAGCUGGAGGAUUGGCCAAAAGAAACGCCCACGGGCGAAAAUGAACUGCAGACGCUCACGCCAGAUCCGUGUAUAAGAUACACCCAGGAAGAUUAUAUCCUCGAGGACCACAAAGACUAUAGAAACUCCUAGACCUUAUGUUAACGUUGUUGCAUACUGUUUUUCUUUUUACUGCUUGAACUCUU